AUGGAGGCUCGAAAAUGUUUGAAAUCUCCUGAAACAUUGGAUGAUGUCGUGAAAGGUCUUCAUGUUCUUUUUGAGGACGACCAUGUGAAUGUUGAAGAGGUUAUUUCGUUUUUAUCAUCGUAUAGUUCAAAUCCCGCGGAUUGGGCGAAGUACGCAAAUUAUGAUCCUCACAGGUGGGGUGAUGACAUUAUGUUGAUCAUUUGUGUGUUUAUUAAAUCUUAAUCGAAAUCUAUAAUCUAAAAGUGUUUUGAUGGUGUGGUUAAAAAAUUCUUCAGGUACACAAGGAAUUUGGUGGACGAAGGAAACGGCAAAUUUAACUUGAUCGUGUUGUGCUGGGGAGAAGGUCAAGGCAGGUUAGUCCAAUUACGAUUUACCUGCCAAAUGUAAGCUCAUCUUUUUUUCUAGAAUCUUUGCCCACGUUCAAAUGAUAGAAAUAUCUAAAACCGAGUGACCAAAUUGUUAAGUAAGUUGUGCGAUACACUGGUAUUGAGGUAUAAUUAUGUAAUAUGCAAAUUGCUACAAAUUAAUGACGCAACCGCGGAGUUCGAAGUUCCCGCUAAUUAGAAUAGUUUGCCUCGGAAACUUUGCGCCUACGGACAUAUUAUAAGCUUAACUAUUUCACUUUUUAUUAGUUUAUCGUCUAGACAUUAGAUCCAAGUUUAUGGCGAAACCACAACAAUCUCUUGAUCAUUAAUGAUUUUUCCUGUGCACAAGUGAACUGGGAAGUCAUAUUGUUUUGUUGAAGGGUCCUAUCCAAUUACAGUCAAACCGGGAAAACCGGGGACCGCGGAGCAAGGUGAAAAGUGGGAGGGCUGACAAUUGAAAAUAAUUUUUUCAUAUUGAAAAUCGAAAAAAGGAAUAAAAUCAUAGUAUUUGAUUUGUUUCUGUCGCGUGGCUUUGCAUACUUUAUCCAGUAUUUGUCGCUCUUUAUUGGUCGGCAUUAGUGAAGAUACCGAAAUUCUUCAUACAAUUUUCAUUCCAUCCAGCAAAUGUGUUUGCGAUCUGAAUCACGUCCAAACUUUCCGUUAAUUUCUUAUGACAAUUAAAUACUGUCAAGUUCCUGAAUCGUUGCUGUUUCAUGUUCGAUCUCACAAGUAGUUGUCACCUUUUCUGCAGAGCUUACAGACUUUGACGAAGUCCCAGAUAACUCUAAUAAACGACCAACAUACACUGUCAGUUCAGAUUCAAUGCAAGAAAAGACGCGAUUACAAUUUUAGUAUAGAAAAUACUACACUGAAGUGAUCUGAAAAAUUUCUAACUAUGGCCGGUCACUGUUCAAGUAAUGUAAUUCCUCUUGCCAUCGAAUAAUUCAUUGAUUUGAAAGGAGAAAGACAAAAUAUAAAACUUUUAUCAACUCAAAACAACUACUCACCUUCGUUUGGCUUGAAAAAGCUAGUAAUUUUCUUCAUUUCGUCUGAUAAAACUGAUAAAAAACUCUGCCGGAGCUGGAGGUACAAAACACGCUGCCGAACGAAGCGAAGGGGUGGUCAAGGCAUGGCGUUUGAUCAAGGGGCAAGUCGGCCCUGGGGCACAAUUACCGCGAAAAGCACUGGAGCCCCACAAAGUCCUGGCGUUUGAAAUUAAAGAAAAUACAGAGAAUAUAGCGGAAUAUAGACGGACAAAAAACUUGUUUCAAGUCUUUUUUUAUUUAAUUAUUUUUAUUUUUUGCGCAAAAAGUGGGGGCGGGGGGUGCAAAAAGGUGGUGGGGCCGCGGCCCUACCAGCCCCUCCCCCUCCGCGGUCCCUGAAAACCAUGAACACCAGAAAUAAUUCUGGAACGUCAUUUUGUUGCAAGAAAAAACCAGUCAGUCGUGAGAAAACUAAACCACAAGCAAGAAGUAAUUAAUGUGUGGUCUUGUUGCAAGCUCAUGUUUCCUGAUCUUUUGUUGUAACACAAUGAACAUUUCUGAAAUAUUUGGUAAGAUUUCCAUCUAAGCACAUACAUUUAUUAUGGAUGCAACAAUUUCAUACUUUUUCUCACAAAUAGUUAAUGUGGAUGGAUUCGAAACAUGCAAGCGUAAUAAAUGUAUGGGUUCACGGUUUUUUCCUGUUUGACUGUAAGUUAUGGAAACAUUUUACGUGGGUUAGAGACUAAUGUGAGUGCUUAACCUGCACUUGCUGACGUAUGAAUGGGUAAUAUCUGCUAUUGACCAAGUGUGAGGUCAAGAUGGAUAGAUAUUGGCCAAUGUGUUUUUCCUUCCUUAAAACUUCAAAAAAUAGAAGGAAGCCAAUAUCAGUGAUUUUGUUAAAAAUAGACAUGGUGAGACCUGGGACUCAUCUUGUGAAAAAUUAUGAGUCCCAGUCCAGAACCAAUGAGUUAAAAAAAAGAGCCUGAAAUCAAAAAUGCGUGGGCUUUUAUGCAACCACACAAUUAUAAUCUGAAGACAGACGUCAAAACUCUGCAUUACAGAGUGCACUGAAUAAAUUAAAAUAUAAUCUAGUCUAUUUUAAAGCACAACAAAGACUAAAUAUUCAUUGUUAAACAAUAACCAUUACUGCCUCAGAAAUUAGACGAACAGGUCGGAUAUUUCUACAAAUACAGAUAUUCAGAUCAAUCGAUUGAUCUUUGCGUCUUACGAGACACAUGUCAUGAAUAAAUUAUUUUGCGUCUUUGGGAAUUUUUAUGCAUCAGAGACACAAGACAAAGAGGUAACAAAAUCACUGCUAUAUAAAGAAUUUACAGCCACCUUGACAGAACAAGCUUGCUCAAUUAAGAAUUUACUACUUCACAUUUACUGGUAUCCUUAAAGACCAUAAUAAGACAAUGGCAUUUGCUAUAAUGAAACAACAUUCACAGGGUCUGCUUUCUCUUGGCUAUUGGUUGAAUGGUUCUCUUACAUGCUGUCUUAGAGCCUUUACACUGAUUGCUGGUUUCUGCUAUCCAUUGUAUUCUCACAUUUCAUUGGCUCAGACAAACUGUUCCAUUUGUCUUAAAUGGCCCAGUUUCGAUUUCAUCGCGGCUGCUGAAUAGAUGCACAAGUCUUAAGACUCAUUUAUACAGGGUGAGCCUCGCCAUAAAGUAAAAUAUUCGCAAAUUCCUGGUAAGGAAGUGCCUUAAUGUGAGUUUAAAAUAAUAGGCACAGCUGUAUGCAGGUCUUCUUCUGACCGGAAUUUGUGAAUAUAUUAUCUUAGGUUGAUGCUAGCCCGGUAUAAAUGAGUCUACAGUGCUUCUAUUCAGCAGCCAUGACCAAUUUGAAACAGGUAGGGUUCUCAACAAAAGCUCUGUCUGGUUGUCUCAGACAAGUAGAUUUUCUUGCCGGGCAGGUAUAAUUGCAAGCUCACAGCUGCCCAAAUGGGCAAUGGUCCAGGCAACAAGUCAUCUUUUAACUAAAAUCGUUAGCUAAGACAAGCAAGCAAUGGCCCUACUCAAGCAAACUGUGAAGACUGCUUGUCUAACAAAAACACUGGAAUUAAUUUUUUUAACCCCUUGCAUUUCAUUAGGAAUGUCUUAGGAAGCUACCCAAAUUAUUGGGCAGUUUUCCAAAAUGGAAGGGUAAUCACUUUUAUUGGAUCAAUUAACAGACCAUCAUAGAGGUUUUAGUCACCCAAAAUAUGUUUUCUUUUUUGUACAGCUCCAUUCAUGAUCAUUCCGAUGCUCACUGCUUUCUAAAAGUACUUGAUGGAAGACUCAAGGAAACUCAGUUUGCUUGGCCUUCAGAAUCUGAGCCCGAAAAACCUCUGGAACCAGUUGCAACAAGGUUUCAGGAGACAAAUGAAGUUGCAUACAUUAAUGGUAUGAUAAAUUGUCAUUUGUGCACUAAACAACAGCAAGCUGACAAAAAUGUUAAAUCCCAUUCACACAUCAUAUCAUUUGUAGCAAAGAAAAAGAGAAACUGUCUAAACUUUAUACCGUAAAUGCUCGAAUUAGUGCCCUCCUUCAAAAAGGUGAGGCUAACAAUUUUAGUUAAGCUCCCCUUCAAAUAUGCAUCCCCAACCCUCCCCUAACAGAGUUAGAAUUACUGAAUGCAUUAUUACAUUAGAAGGAGGUCAAUAUCUUGAACUCAAGAGGACAGGUUCUUAGAGGAAACAGGAUUUGGAAAGUGAGGUUAGGCCUAUGGUUACAGAAGUAAUAUUGUAACCCUACUCCUCGGAAAACAAAAUGAAUGCCUCCUUUGGAUUAGUGUCCCUCUCUUGACUCAAGAAAUUAAAUGUGCCUAGGCGCGAAUAUUAGUGUUUAGUGACUGUAAUAAUCAAAGUAUCAAAUUUUUAAUAGUUUUAUUAUUGUAGAUGUACUCUUGUAUGCAAACAAAUUAUUGAGACACUUCUGCUUAUUUUUUGUUUUUUGCUGACAGACAGCAUAGGUCUUCAUCGUGUGGAGAAUGUUAGUCAUACAAACACAGCUGCGACCCUUCAUGUUUAUAUCCCAGCUUUUGACAUGUGUCAGUCUUUUGACCAGCGCACAGGUCACAAACGCAAAUGUCAAGUGACGUUCUGGAGCAAGUAUGGUGUCAGAACACCUUAUGUAAGUUUCUCUUAGUCAGAUCUUGACUCUGGUCAGUUCUAAAAGACACUGUCAUCAAAGCCUCACUGUUAGAGGUUUGCACAAAAGGCAUUAGUGGCAAGGAGUGAGGAGAGGUGGCUGUAUUUAUAAACUAUGUCAUUAAUAGAUCUACCCUAAGGAUUUGAAUUUAGGUUUUCAUAAACAUCUCCUUCUCUUAAGAUUAUUAAGUAACCUGCAGAAUGUACUGCAAGGUAUCAGUGCUGUGUUGUAAUGUUCCAUGGUACUUGUCUUGUUGAGCUCAAGCUUUGAACUUUUGAGCAGUGUUGCUUUAGGUAACGUUAACUCUUUUGAACAGAAUAUCUUGAUCUUUCAAUGAUUUACAGCUGUAAUCUUGUAUCUUGUCGCAGAAACCAAGUUCUUGUUCAUAA